UCUCCCCGCUUCUCUCGGUACAAGCUCGAAAAGCCCACCGCGGCUGAGCGAGCGAGCGAGCGAGCGCACAGCCUCAGCAGCGGCAAGCAGCCUUUUUCUCUCCCUCUUGUCUCCUGCACAAACACAAUGAUGUCACUUUCCUUUUCUGCUCCUGGGUGGGGAAAGGAAGAGGUUGAGCCGCUCGAAUUGGCUCUCAGGUCACGCAGAGCAUCUCCCCGCCAGGCGAGAGAGGGCUUCUAGGACACCCCCCCCCUCCCCCGCUUGGCUUUUCGGGAGGAAAGGCAGCGUGUAUCCUGGACCCAGGCUAUUAACACAUCGGAGAACAGAAUGUUAAUGCUUGAUGGGAUGCCUGCAGUCAGAGUCAAAACGGAGCCGCUGGAAUCAGAACAAGGGUCUCCCAACGUUCACAACUACCCAGAUAUGGAAGCCGUGCCCCUCUUGCUGAACACCAUGAAGGCAGAGCCAGAAGAAGACGCCUUGUGCACGGAUCAUUUCCAGACGCAGACGGAGCCGGUGGACUUGUCCAUCAACAAAGCCCGAUCCUCCCCUCUUGCCACCUCGUCUUCACCAGUAUCAAUCACAGCCUCUGCGUUGUCCCCCUCUUCGACUUCAACGUCUUCUAGUCGGCCGGCUUCAUCCCCAACGGUAAUAACCUCGGUGGCAUCGGCAACAUCGGCCCCAUCAGUAUUAACUCCAGGUCCGCUUGUGGCAUCUGCCUCUGGUGUUGGAGGGCAACAAUUUUUGCACAUAAUCCACCCGGUUCCACCUUCGAGCCCCAUGAACCUACAGACCAACAAAAUGAGUCACGUCCACCGCAUUCCUGUGGUGGUGCAGUCGGUACCCGUGGUCUACACUGCGGUGAGAUCACCAGGGAAUGUCAACAACACUAUAGUAGUACCACUACUAGAGGACGGGAGAAGUCAUGUCAAAGCACAAAUGGAACCUCGUGGCCUGUCUCCCAGACAGAUCAAAAGCGACAGUGAUGAUGAUGACCUACCUAAUGUGACUUUGGAUAGCGUGAAUGAGACUGGAUCCACAGCCCUCUCAAUAGCCAGAGCUGUUCAAGAUUCAAUUUCACCGUUUAGCAUUGAGAGCACAAGACGCCAGAGACGGUCUGAGUCUCCAGACUCUCGAAAGCGCCGCAUCCACAGGUGUGAUUUUGAAGGGUGCAAUAAGGUUUACACGAAAAGUUCCCACCUGAAGGCUCACCGGAGGACCCACACAGGAGAGAAACCGUACAAAUGUACCUGGGAAGGGUGCACGUGGAAAUUUGCUCGCUCCGAUGAACUAACGAGGCACUACCGCAAACACACAGGAGUGAAGCCGUUCAAGUGCGCGGACUGUGACCGAAGCUUUUCCCGCUCAGAUCACUUGGCAUUGCACCGCCGAAGGCACAUGUUGGUCUGAAAAAAAAUGCUACCUUGUCUAUAUAUAUAUAAAUAUAAAUAUAUAUAUAUGAAUAUAUAUAUUCAUAUAUAUAUAUAUGCCUAUGAAAUUUCAAGAGCUGGCUCUCUUUUAACUACAGUGCAUUCAGCAGGACUGAAUCCUGUUUUGAUGGUGUUAGCACAAAAGGGGCAUUUGGCGUUGUCCCCUAUUCACAAAGAAGCAGGAACGAGAAUGCUACAAUCUUCCUUCCCACCUUAAGCAGGCUGUCCAGCACAGACCCAAGGCAUUAUUACCUUUUGCUGAGGAUAAAAAGCCGAAAUGCAUCGAGAUUGGGCAUUAUUUUCUAACCCGCGUCGUUUUCAAAAGUAUUUAUGGCUUGUAUUUUAUUUUUAUUUUUAUUUUUUUCUCAACCAUCCCACUUUUUUUCUCCUGAAGAAUUUCUGCAUAUUUUGAAGACUGGAUGUCAUAAACCGUAGAAAAGAACAAGUCCUUCGAGAGCUUUCUCUUCGUUUGCUGCUGCUGCUGCUUCUUAUUAUUUUUUUUAAUUUGGUUGUUGUUGUUGCUGUUGUUGUUGCUGUUGUUGUUGUCAUGAUUCAUUUUUUCCCCCCUGUUAAAACACUGCAGAAUAUCAUCCUGCCCAACAAUUUCCUAAGCCAGCUGAACAGACUGGAAAGAGGAGGGAUUUAAAAAAAAAAAAAUGAAGCUCCUUGAAGUGAAAAAAAAAAAAAAGAUUUCUCAGCACACUUAUGCAAUAAAGAUGGUGUACAUAUUUACCUCUUUCUUGUUAUGCUGGACUUUAGAGGCCAUUAAUUCUUCUAAAACUUCCUAAAUCUUUUUCUGUUCUGUUUUUGCUGGAAUCCAUAAAACAGGCAUCCGUAAUAUUUCAGUUAUGAAUUUCCCCAUUUUAUAUCCAUUUGCUUACCCUGUAAUAGAGUUCAUUAAAACCAGUCUUGGACACAUAAUAGAACCGAAAUUGGUCCCACCUUUUCUAAACCAAUGUAUCAGUCCUCAGCAUAUUUCCCUGAAAGUAGCAGAUGUUCAACCAGCCAUCUCUUAUUCUUGGAUUGCUCAGUAGUUGAUUCACAACUGCACAGGAGAAGUAAUGCCAUUGAUUAGCCCUGUGCAUGCAUUGGCAUGAUAAACCUUCUGUUCUGUGGGAAUGGAUCAGUGAUGAGUUGCUACCGGUUCGCCCCGGAUUGGGCGAACCGGUAGCGGCGGCGGCAGGAGGUUCCGCUCACCCGCCCGGAUGCUUCUGCACAUAUGCAGAAGCAUCGCGCCCAUGAGCGAACCGGUAGCAACAGGUUUUAAAACCCGCCCCUGGAGUGGAUCCUUGAUCAGAGUGGGAUGAUUACCCAUGACCAACUCCCCGUAGGACACUUGUCACAGCCAACUCACCAUGGGACAACGCAUUGUGGGACACUUCAACAAUUCAAUUAUUUAAAACAAUUUUAAAAAUAUUUAAAUGUUUUUCCUUCACUUUUCAUCUUGUCCCUCCUUUAGUAUCCUUUCUUUAUAUAAUUCUAUUCCACCAUAUCGAAGAAAUGAGUGUAACUCUUGUCCCGAUAUUAGUGUAACUCUUGUCCCACGGCGAGUUGGCCAUGGCGAGUUGUCCUAGACAACUCGAUGGAUCACUCUCACAUGAUCAUCCAUUAAUUGAUGUUAUAAUUUGUAUAGGUUCUCUGUGUAUCUCUCUCUCUCUGUGUGUGUGUGUGUGAAUUCUCCCAUUGAGUUGACCCCUGCGGUAGAAUUGUGCUUAGGAUUGUAACGUCUUAAGUUUUAAAGUGAACAUCUUCUGUGACCAAAAGGGAAUUUAAUGCAUCUGAAUAAAGAAGAGCAUUGAGAAAGAAUUUCAAGAGCUCUCUCCAAGUACUUCCCAUUCCUAAAAUGAAGGUCUGGCAAGAAUAAUUUUAAACUAACUCCAUGGAGUUACGAUACGGGGCCAGUGAGACUUAGUCAUCGUUAAUUUGGGUUGGGCUGGGCAGAGGCCAAGGUGAUUAGACAAACCACCACAGUCAGGCAUUCCUGAAAUAGGUAGGGGGUGAUGGGGCCAAUGGUUCCCCAUGCAUAUCAGGGAACCAUUUUUAGAGAUGGUAUAAACUGAUUCCAAAGGAUUUUAGAAGGAAGUGAAAGAGUGGGCGUCCUUCUCUUGAAAUCUCCCUAAGAAAUGCCAACCACUGCACCUGUUUUGGUCAUCCAGGCUAGAAACGGCUGCUCCUUUGCUCUAGAUACAACAGAUGAGGCAGACUUGACGUAAAUGAGUAAGCAUUUUUGUGGGCCACUUUGUCUAAGUAACUAAAUGUGAAGCAACAGUUCUGGUUUGUCAGUCUUAAUCAAGAUGGUUGAAGAUCAAGUGGUAACCAUCUGUUCAUCCAACUGGGCCUUUGGAAAUAGUGUAGAAGGAAUGGAUGGCCAACUCAGGCCAACCCACCACAGCUCAAAUACAUACAUGCAGAUGUACAGCAUCAACCCAUAAUCCUUUCAUCUGAGCUGCUCACACAGCCAUGUAGAUCAGGGCUCUCCAACCUUGGCAACUUUAAAACUUGGGGACCUCAACUCCCAGAAUUCCCCAGCUGGCAUGGCCAGCUGCAGAAUUCUGGGAGUUGAAGCCCACAAGUCUUAAAAUUGCCAAAGUGGGAGAACCCUGAUGCAGAUUAUCUUGGGUAUACAAAUUAUCAGCGUCAGGGUAGGCAGCUUAAGUUCUCUGUUCCCAACUAGCUGGUUCUAAUUCCCUGUUGGUAGAAGACAUAGUUGUCUUGAGCUAGAAGAGUUUGCUAAUUAGGGCCCUUGAGAGCAUGAUGAGGUUAGAAGAAAUUAAUGAUGCAUUAUAAAAUGCUACAUGAACACCUGAACCUCGUUGUCAAAAACGAAAGGAAAUAUUAAAGCAAUACAGGUAGUCCUCGGCUUACAACAGUUAUUUAGUGACCGUUUGAAGUUAACAAUGGCACUGAAAAAAUGGAUCUAUGACCGUUUUUUACCCUUACAAUCAUUGUAGCAUCCCCAUGGUCGCAGGAUCAAAAUUCAGACGCUUGUCCACUGACUCAUAUUUAUGACGGUUGCAGUGCCUUUGGGGGUCAUGUGAUCCGCUUCUGUGACCUUCUGGCCAGAAAAGUCAAUGGAGGAAGUCAGAUUCACUUAACAACCGUGUUACUAACUGAAGUGAUUCACUUAACAACUGUGACGAGGAAGGUCGUAAAACGGGGCAAAACUCACUUAACCAAUGUUUUACUUGGUUGGGCUCAAUUGCGGUUAUAAGUCCAGGACUACCUGCACUCCAUCUUUUAUGACAGUAUAUUUGUAGAUUUAUUUGAAAUCAUUCAUCCUCUUGAGCAUCUAAAAUAUGUAAGCUAUUUCAGCCAGUCAGGGAUUCGUCAUUUAUCGAACAGAGGAGCAGAAUCAAAGCAUCCUGUGCCAGUAGCAUUGAUCUUGAGAUCCAGUUGUACACUUUUAAAAUAACUCUGUGUAGCCAGUAGUAGCCAGUCCAGAAAUAGUCCAUUCAGACUGCAGAGGUCUUGGGGGCAUUUUUCUAUCCACACCAGCGGGCAGGUUUCAGCUGAACUUGGGAGGUGUUUACAAGUUCUGCUCGUUCUAUUGCUUAACCUCCUCUUAAAUUCAAGAGCUCUUCUAGCUGGUUCAUUCCCAAGUCAACUCUUAUGACUUAGUAGGUUGACCGACUUUUCAUCAUAGACCAAAUUAAGUUAGGAAUGAUGGCCAGGAAUUCCUAGAGGAGUCUUUUUCUGUCUCCCAAAAAUCAGUAUCGUCUUGCCUUUGUAGAGCUGAGGUCUUUUGAGCUAAUAUCCAAGAAAGAGAGAUGUGAUCCUGUUCCAGUGGGAGAUUUGCUCACUAGGAACAUAGACUUCUCUUUUAUGAGAAGGAGACCGAUGCUGUGGUCCAUCAGACGUUCCUCUGUGUUUCCUUUCUUCUUUUUUCAGAGAAGAGAAAUUGGAAGGGAGCUCCAUUGCUUAAUUUUUACUUAGAGAUAUUUCCUAAGCGUUUAAUCAGGAAGCAUUGGUUCAAAUCUGCAUAGAUUAAUCUCAUCGGAUCACAUCUUGAUCUAAUCAGUUCAUCUCAUAAUUAAUAGGAAAUGAUCUUUCGAGUCGUAUUGGUCCUUGAAAAGCAACAGUUGCCCAAACGGUUUAGAGAAAAAAAUAUGCAUAUCAAACAACAGAGUCACCAUUUCAUUGCCACCCUCUAAUUCAAUAUAACAAUUAGCAGCUUUCCUAUUCUCCUUGGCUGCGCAAUCGACAAUUUCUAAAGAAAUUAGACCGGAAGGACUAAUUUUCUUUUCCCACAGUUCUCUGCUUCCUUCUUCCUCAAGACUGAGUCAAAGACAAAGGAUGUAAAGGCCAGUCUGUCAUCAGCUCAUGCUUGUCCAUAGAUCUUCCAAACUGGGGCCUAGUUUAGUUUUAGAGACCUGACAGGGAGUUAUCCUCAUCAUGGCCUACCUGAGCACAGGGAACCUUUGGAAACAGGGUGUCAAAAUGGUUGGUUGGUUCUCUAGGGAGUUGACCUUUGUAGGGCUGUUCCGUGCUUCACAUUCAGCCUCCAAGAGGUGCUUCAGAGCACACAGAAGUUACACCGUCUGCCUACCUUAAAACACCUGGAUCCAUCUGACUCAAGGUGUGGCAGGCAGGAGUAACAUUCACAACCUCCAACUCUUCCUGGAGAUGGAAUCCAAAGCAUUGAACAGUUCUGAUACUCCUCUUCAUUUUUAGAAAUUUACGUGCCUCAUUCUGAGGGAGGCCUGUUGAGUGGGAACUAUUUUGACUAACCCAUAUUGUAAGGAUUCUUUUCGAUGCCUGUUUUUUCUUGUUCGGCUGCCGUUGUUCCAACGUUUAUGGAUUUUCUUUCACUGCGGCUGCAGCGUACUGUAGAAAGAUUGCCUUUCAUGCAAACCGUUUAAUGCCAGCGUUAUCUCCCACAUACCAUUUUAUUAGCCCAUCUAUCCUGAUGGUUCAAUAGAUUUCAGUAUUGGAACUUUUCCAUGAACAAAGGCAGUGUUAUUUUGGAAGAACCGUUUCUCUUAGGCAGAUUAAUUAGCAGGCAAGCAAAUUGCCUUCACAAAGGAAAAUGUGGAGGUGUCUAAUUUCUUUCCUUAGCACUACUGUUAAAAGUAGCUCCCCACCAGAAUAAAAUUCCAUUAGGAAUGACAAUAUGAUGCAACCGCAUCUCUUUUCCAGUUAUCUGUUUGUUAAAACAGAAAAGGGGAAUUCUCUUUUUUUUUUCCUGUCAUGCUACUGAUGGUUACAUUGCUUCAAAGGGAAUUAAAAACCGUGUGUAAAAACCUCACAUAAAACUUUACAAAUUGGAUUAUUUGGUUCAGAAUUUUGCAAUUUUCAGAAAUGCUGCUGUGUAUGAAUGCAUUCUCCUGUUCAGAAAUUACAGCAAUUAAACCCCACUUAAUGGACAGAUUUAAAAAAAAAUAAUAAAUUAUGAUGGAAUGCUAGCACAUUGAACCCCACAAAUUAAAGUGGAUUCUCCAAGAUUGUUUCAAGGCAGUUGGAAGGACUGUUCAAGAUCUGUUCCCCUUCAGUCAUGAAAAUUCACCAUGCUUGUCCGUUGACUCUGGGGGAAAUUGCUGCAUUCCAGAGCAUCAUGUCACAUGGUCAAUAUCUCUGGUGCCAGAGGAAGAUUGAAUGCCCUGCUCUCUGUUAGGCAUACUGGAGAUUCAACCUAUACUGAAUGCGCUCUAGGACAUCUCACGAUUACUGGACAAAUGUUCACCAUAGAGAUGCAAUUUCUCAAGCAAACAGGAAGCAACUCACCCAAUUAUCUUCCAGUCAUAUCUGUGGGGUCCAGGCAAGGAAGAUCAGACUGAUGAAAGCAGAUUGGUCACAUCAUAAUAUAACCCCGCCCCUUUCGUGCAUCAUCAGUCGCCUGCCCAAAAUGGGAGGAGUCUGUGCACCGCUGAUGCUGAUGAAAGGAGCAAGAUCUUACAGGUGCCGCUCUGAAGUUACAACUGAGGUUCAUCCCAACGCAAUGCAGUGUUGUAUUCUUGAGCUCGUUACGUACCCACUUAUUUAAAAAGUAUCCAGCCCUUUGCAAAGGGCCCAUUGCCACUUCAGAAUUAAGAAGCAGUAUUCCCGCAUUGUGUUUACUUGAAUGAAAUCGUCAAAUGAAUCUGAUAUCAAGGGGCCGGUGGUGUAUUGAUGUUGAGAAGGGAGAAGACUCCUUGCAUAAAUGGAUCCAUGGUAUGGUGAUACAGAUAGUCCUCAACUUACAAUGGUUCAUUUAGCGACCCUUCAAAGUUACAAUGGGGCUGAAAAAAGGGACUUAUGGCCGUUUUUCACGUUUACGACUGUUCCCCAUGGUCAUGUGAUCAAAAUUCAGAUGCUUGGCUACUGCCUCAUAUUUAUGACUGUCGCAGUGUCUGGGCUCAUGUGAUUCCCUUUUGCGACCUUUGACAAGCAAAAUCAAUGCAGAAGUUAGAUUCACUUAAGAACCGUGUUACCACUUUAACAACUGCCGUAAUUCCCUUAACCAUUGUGGCAAGAAAGGUUGUAAAAUGGGGGGAAACUCACUUAACAAGCUGUUUCACUUAGCAACAGAAAUGUUGGGCUCAAUUUUGGUUGUAAAUCGAGGACUACCUGUAUUUAUGUCAACGAGCAUCCCAGAAUCAGGCUGAAGCAAUACAUUAUGGAGAUCUAUGUUUGUAUAAGGAUGUGUUUGAUAACAGUUUAAUUCUUGGAGGAAGAUAAAUAAUGAAUCUUUUCUGGUUUUGUUGGGUAUGCCAGCUAAUAUCUUUAUUAUCCCUUUCAAUGUUUUCUGAAAGAGCUAUCAAAUGCUCUGAUUUCUAAGCAUAAUGGAGAGUGGGUACCCUCAUUAAAAUGUCCAGUGUCCCUCAUGUGUGCACAUUGCUGAUUAUUUGCAUGUGUGUGAUCUGAAUUAAGUUUCAAUAUGGCUUCCCAACAGAAGUUGGAACUAGCUCUUCUAUAGGCAUAAUUCUCUCCUAUUCGGAAACCAGCUUGUAAUUCCUGUAUUAUGCCUUUGCCUGUGUUUUAUAGAUGAAGAUGUAUACAUUUAAGACUGCUAUAUUUUCACAAUUUCAUUAAAAUAUCUGUAACUGUGCAUAGUUUACUCAAUAGGUCAAGCCCGUUGAAACUUUUCCAUAUGUUGAUAUCAAACUCAUUGCAGUAACCUGUUCAUUUUCUUUCAUUUUUUUUUUUUUAGUAUGAACUUCAAAUAUAUGGAUACUGCAUCUUAUAAAAAUACAGGGGGGGGGGAGGGAAAACAAUCCAGAAAAUCAAAUGGAAAGUAUUUUACCAGACUUGUAAAAGUUACAAUAUUCUGUAAUAUAUAUGUUAUAGUGAAGAAGUAUUUUCAAGCGGGACAGUUUUUCACAGGAUGUAAAUAAUGGAAAUGAAAAGUGUUUUGAAACAAAGUUUUGGUUGUCAUCAGCAAGAAUAUGCUCCAAAAAAUGCAGUGUAAAAUCUUCAUGACACAAUGAACAGUUAAAAAAAAAAAAAAACAAAGCAGGAAAGAUUGU